GCCGCCCCUUGGGCACCUCGGCGGGGCCGCUGCCCGCGGCCGGGGCUGAGCGCGGCGGGAGGCGGCCGGGCCGGGCCGGCCGGGCGGAGGCACCAUGCAGGCGCGGCGCUUGGCCAAGCGCUCCAGCAUGGGCAGCCGGCGGCUGAGCGCGGCGCCGCCGCAGGUGGACGCGGUCCGGCCCCCCAAGCCCGAGAGCGCCUGGAGGCCGCCCCGGCGGGAGGGCUCCGCUGCGGCGCUGGAGGAAGAGGACGAAGACGAGGACGUGGUGGUUGAGGUGGAGGAGGAAGAGGAGGAGGAGGAGGGCGGCCUGGGGAGCGCCCCCCCGGCGCUGGCCGGCCACGGCAAGGGCCCCCUCCGGGGGAGCCUUAAGGCAGCCAACAUCAAGCGUGAAAUGAACUUCCAAGCAUUUCAACAGGAGGAUAUAAAAAGUGACAUCAGUCGAAAACUGCCAGACCAACAGUUUCUCCUGUUCACCACAAAGGAGGAAGAUUUUAAAACAGCAGAGACCAAAAAACUAAACAGAGCUCAUGAGUAUGAAAAGGAAAACACUCGUUCUGUUUGUCUUCUGGAACAGAAGCGCAAGGUUGUUUCUUCAAAUAUUGAUGUGCCUCCAGCAAGGAAAUCUUCAGAAGAACUGGACAUGGAUAAAGUAACAGCAGCCAUGGUACUCACCAGUUUAUCCACCAGCCCUUUGGUCCGCAGCCCUCCUGUCCGACCCAAUGAAUCCCUGAAUGGAUCUUGGAAAGAAGGAGGAUUUGUGCCUUCUAGUACCAGCAGCAGUGGAUACUGGAGCUGGAAUGCUCCCAGUGACCAGUCCAACCCAUCCACCCCAUCUCCACCUCUGUCAGCUGAUAGCUUCAAAGCUUUUCGGACACCUUCCCAGCCAGAUGAUGGUAUUGAUGAAGGUGAAACAAGCAACCUUCUCUUCGAUGAACCCAUUCCUAGGAAGAGAAAGAACUCCAUGAAGGUGAUGUUCAAAUGCCUGUGGAAGAACUGUGGGAAGGUAUUGAGCACAGCUGCAGGGAUUCAGAAACACAUACGGACCAUUCACCUUGGGCGUGUAGGAGAGUCUGACUACAGUGAUGGAGAGGAGGAUUUUUACUAUACAGAAAUCAGGCUCAACACGGACUCAGUAGCUGAUGGCCUAAGCAGUCUUUCCCCAGUCUCUCCAUCUUUAGCAUCUCCUCCUUCCUUUCCCACCCAAGACACAAUCCGUCCUGAAACUUCCUGUGCCAAAACUGAGACUAAAGUGAUGACACCUCUGAGCCGCUCAGCUCCUACCAACCUCUACCUCGUACACACGGACCAUGCUUACCAGGCCACUCCUCCGGUGAACAUUCCAGGAUCAGCAAAAUUCACUCCCAAUGGCAGUAGCUUUAGCAUCUCUUGGCAGUCGCCUCCUGUUACCUUCACCGGCAUUCCAGUUUCACCAACCCAUAAUCGUCCUGCAGGGAGUGGAGAGCAGAAACAGUCCCACACAGUUCUUUCAUCACCGCCUAGAGUAGCAUUUGGCUUGAGGAAGCCUAGAGGGGAGGGCAAAAAGUGUCGGAAGGUCUAUGGGAUGGAGAACAGAGAUAUGUGGUGCACUGCCUGCCGAUGGAAGAAGGCCUGCCAAAGGUUCAUCGACUAACGAUUGAAAUUAUGCAGAGGAUUUGGGGAGGGGGAGGACAACAGCAGAAGCUGAUUGCUGCAGCUGCACUGUAUCACUUCCCAUUUUCCCCUCCAGUGAUGUGGUGUUGGGGGUUUUGGUUUUUCGGGGUGUUUUUUUUUGUUUGUUUGUUUUUUGUUUUUUAAGAGCUUUGUAUUUCAAAAUGAAGCACUUGUAGCCAAGGAGAAGCACUAAUUAAAACCUGUGUGGAGCAAUAGAGAAAAAAAAAAAAAAAAAGCAAGCAAAACCAAGACCACACAACAAAAUCUGUCUCAGUAAGUGUGGAAACCAGAGCAGCUAUUAGUGUUCUUCUGUAAAAGAAAGGAAAAAGUUCAUUAUUUUGCUAACUCUGUGAGCUGCUUGCUCCCUAGGAUCAUUUUUAACCAUUUCAGUCUUUCUGCUGUGAACGUCUGUAUUUGCUAAACUGAACAAUUUUUCUUUUCCUGAAAUGAAGAUCUCUUUUGGAAAGCUUUCUAAUAAACACUUCAGAGUCAUAUAAGCUACAGUUUUCUCUACAAAAGCUGUACUAAGACUGGAGACUGCUAAAUAAUUCUCCUGAUACAAAUGAUCAUGAUUAUAUUUUUGAAAAGGGCAUGUGGGGAAGAGUUGGGAUUUUCAUUUGUUUGUUUAUAGGAGAAAAGUAAAGCUGAUUUUGCAAGAAGGACAAGCAGCACUCCUGGAAGACUUUUAAAAGAGGCACAGAUCAGUGGAGUGGAACAAAGUAAUUUAAGUACCAAAUUGGAUUUUGAUCCUCUAGAGGAAGAAAAGCAGCAAUGGCAAGUCACCAGCAGAUACUGUCAUGAGAAGUCUGAGGAAAGAAACACGGUGAUGCUUGAUUGAAACCCCCAGAAUAUAAGGGGGCUCCAGUAGCUUUUCUUAUUACUCUCCCCUUUCUGAGGGGAGCUGGACAGGCACAGAUGUUGCUGCAGGAAGCCUGUGAAGAACUGGUUAAUGCAGCCACUAGGAUUAUAUGUAAUACCUAAUUCAGGGACACGAUCCAGCCCAGCAGUUCUGCUUUUGCUUCCUUUUCUCUUAUUUCAGAGAUCAUUGUUAAGAUAAUGGUUCUUUCAGCUUUUUCUUUUAAAGCUACUAAGAUUUAGUUGAUGCAAAAAAUUGGUAGAGAAAAGAAAAUACCCUCUUUCCACAGCAUUAUCUCAGAAAAAGAAGUACAACAGCCAAGGAGCAACAUACUUGUGGUAAAAGACCAUUUCUUAACUCAUUUUGAUACAUGAAUUAACGAGUUUCUCUCUUUGCAGUACUUGGAUUGAUUUGGUUAUUUCAGUUUCUCUGUCCAUUAGGAAGUAUACACUGGAAUGCAGCAACCUGUGUUCUGUGUCCACUUGUAUCAAAUUACUGUUAUUUAAUGAUUAUUUCAAUGCAAAAAUAAAGGAAGGAUUUACUAGGAAGUGAAUGUAUAUGGCGAAAUAAUAAUUGCCUGUUAAAGAAAAUAAGACACCUUAAAAAAAUCAAAGACACAGAAGCAAAACUUUGCCUAUUAAUAGAGGCAUGAAGGGCCACACAUGCCUGAGUUCUUUUUUUUUUCAUAACAUUUGAACCAAUUGAAAUUAGACCAAAUCUUUUUCUACUUUUUUUUUAAUUGUCUAAGCUAGCUCAUUCUCGUAAGAGGACUUUUAAGUAUCUAAACAAAUUUCUUAAAUCUGUUCCAAAGUUCACUUAAUAGCUUUAUUAAGUGUGCAGUGCUGCUUGUGUCUAUGUAAAAGCACAAAAUAACAGUGCAGUUGUUUGGAAUAUAUACUUUGGAUUCCAUAGGGUAGCAGUGAAAAGAAGAAUCCAUAAUAGGAGCUACUGAAUGUUAUCAUCUGAUUUUCUGUGAACAAGUUAAUUGGGCAAUCAGGUGCCUAAUUUGAGUGUACUAUUUCUGCAGUUAUUUACAAAUUGUGUAAUUUACAUGCACAAGUGGCAAGAUAUGCUUGCAUGCAUGAAAUUACUUGAUUUUUUGCCCAGUUGUGUUCUUUAAAUUACAAAAAAAAGAGAAAUAGGCUCUGAAGUCCAAUAAGACCCUGAGAUAUAUGUACGAGUGUAUAUGAGUAUUUUUGUAUAUGUAUAUACAUGUAAAACUAUAUAUAUUAUAUAGUUUUAUAUGUGUAUAUAAAAUCUGAAAUUAACCGGGAAGAGAGAGAUUGUUUUCUUUACAAAUAGAAAAAAGAGACACUAAGGGUCAGUGGAUAUACAUAGACACUGUAUUAUCUUCUUUCCUCUUAGUAAAACAUGGAUUUUCUUUACAUGUUGUAUGUUUUCAAUUUCCUCAGUAAAAUACCUCAUAAUAAGUCAUAGACAUUUCAUCUUCAAACACUGGGCUUGCUGAUGGUGUACUUACUUUGAUAGAGCUUAAAAAAUGAGGUACUUUCCCAAGAUAUUCCUGCCAGUCUGUUCCCUGCCUCACAUUUGAAAGGCACUCCAAGACUACAAAGCAUUCCAUAAUUCGACUAUUGUUGGACUAACAGUAUUUGCUUAUACAUUUGUUGUUCACCUCCUUUUUGCUUUGGAGGAUUUUUUGAAAAUAAUGUAUCAGAUUGUAUAUUGUUUCUAUAAUGUCAUGGCAUUGUGAGCACCUUCCUGAGGGCACUUUACGAAUUAUUGUAGUUAGAUUAUUCUUUAUAAAUUUCUGCACAGAAGAAUGGUUUUGUUGCCAGACCAGAUUGCCCUCUGGUGCAAAUUGAAUAUGGAUUACAUAAAGGACUAAAGCCACAAACCAUCAAAACUGGAGAGAAAGUUGGUGUUAAUGAGGCAGAGAACAGAAGGUAUUGAUAAAUCCUGCCAGGAGGAAGCUAAAUUACCAGUAUUUUUACACACCCUUUAAUCAGUGGUCUAUAUUAAAUCAGUUUUGGAUCUUAUGGCUGUGGCAUUUUGAUUCAUAAGUAGGCACUUGUCGAGGUACCUUGUCUGAUCCAAGACCCUUUGGUGCAGAGUGUUCUGCCAUCACUUUGUGCUUUGAACUCCAAUUAAGUCAUGUUGCACCAGCAGUUCAGCACCUGCCGAGAUCCCUUUCGUGAUCCUCACACAGCCAGCAAGAGCAGAAAUGUCAGCUCAGCCUUCCUUCUGCUGGCAGUACUGAUCAUAACCUGGAGUAAGCGCUUCCAUUUUUCAGUCUCUUGCUUCUCUGUUGCUUUGGGCUGCGUCGCUGUCCUAACACCUGAUUUAUCUCACACUUCUGCACUGAGCAAUCCAACACAGUCAGAUUAUUGGUUCUCCUGAGGAAGAGCUAGCCUGAGUGCUGUGGUCCUUCACUGUCAUCACUAUGUGCCAGUUCCAGUUUUCAGUUUCUCUGUGGGAGGCAGGUCAUUGUCUCUGACCCCUGAGAAGUCAGAGAGAAUGUUUUGAACACAUCAUGCAAUGUCUGUGUGUGUGCUGCACGGAUUUGGACAUGGGUUCAUCUAUGUCAAGAGCCAGAACUUGAUAUAAAAAUGUAAGGAUCUGUUUUAUUGUUAAUAGUAUUGACAUUGAUAACAGAAAUUGGCAGCAUCAGUAUCAGAGUGGAGAUCGACCAUACUGAUCCCAAAUACUUUUCUUUAGGAGUUUCCUUGUUAGAACAAAGCUAUUUUGCAAUUCUCCAUUCACCCCAUCCCCCGAAAGAUCUGGAAAAUGAGAUAAUUUUCGAAGUGGGAAUUUUUAAUGGCAAUUUUUAAUAUUGACUGUUCUCCAGAUGCUCCUGUGUGAAGCUAUUGAACAUUAAAACUCAAAUCAUCUUAAUCAUAAAACAGUUUCCACACAAAACAAUGUGCCUGAUUCUCUAGUGCCUUGCACAAAUGCAACAGGAUAUACAAGAUGUGAAGUGAGUAAAACUUCUGUUCCAAUUUGCAAGUUUACACUUUUAACCAAUACCAGUCAUCACCUAGCAUGUACCUGUUGGCAGGUCAGCCCUUCUUGUGUGGAUAAGUUGAGCAGAAUGCCUGUCUGUCGGAUUACUUUUCCCACAUCCUUAGCCUGGUAUGAACAUUAGCUAUGUAACUAUCUGCAAGUUCCCUGCAGUCAUUGGCUAUUGCCAACAUCACCAUCUUUACUCCUUCUCCCUUUUGUUUUUCACAAUAAUGACUAGAUAGGCAGCACAAUAGGAGGUAAAGCUUUAGCCAAAAGUUCUUGUAGAACCUGCACGAUAGUUUCCAGCACCAUGCAAUGUCCCAGAUGUUCUUGGCACUAAUUUCCUUUUGUCAUUCAUUCAGAUCCAGUACAUUGGGACAGUUUCCUAUUGCUUGCUGUGGCCUAGGAUCAGCUAAAAUGUCCCUGUUGAGAAUCCAAGACAAUCGUUGUGUCAGACUACAAAGUGAUUUCUUUAUUCUGCUGCCUGUAAAUGCGUUGGAACAUGAUCUGGGAAGCAGAACAUGGAAUUAGAAGCUUGCUAGCCAUUUGCAGAGAUGUUGGUGGUUGCCAGUCAGGCUUCCUUCUGUUGGUUUAAAGUUAGAGGCAUCUGCUGGAGAAAGUUGUGCUGCACCUUUUCUUAGAAAUACUUUGAUAAGGAAACAUUUGUAAAGCCUCAUCUUGAUCUUAUAUUCUAUUCAAUCUUCCUGUGAGGUGGUAGUGCUGGGAACUGAGAGCAGUAUGGAGUUUGGGCUUUCAUCUGCAUUUGUCAGGUUUUUCUAGUAGAUAUAACCAGGCAGGUUUAAGAUAUCAUAGUGUAGAUUUUAUUCUAAUAUAAGUUCAGCAGAGUUUUAUGGCAUCUUAGGAAAACACCUAGAAGGAAGUUAUGGGCAGAAUUUAAGCUGAGCAUUUAGAUACACUCUCUGUCUGCUACAUAGGAGCAGCCUUUCUUUACAUCCAUAUGGAGCUGGAAAAUCUUCAAGAUUGCAAAACAGCCAAUGUACACCUACACUUGAGAGUGCCCACUUGAACUGCUCUUUCCAUCUUGGACUACAAUGCUUUCGCACUGACCGUGCUCUCAGCUCUAUCCAAAUAUGGGAUUUAAGGAGGUGUGUGUCUCCACUUGCAGCUGUUAGAGUUAUUCCUCAAUACAGAAAGCACUCAUUAUGUUCUUUGUGCUUCACACUAUUCAGACCAUCUGUAACAGCACUGCAGAAAGACCCUGGGAACAGAAAUCAGGCACCAGCCAGAAGAAAGUACAGGUUGCUCUGGUGUUUGCUCACACUCACAGCAAGAAUUUGCUCAGCUGGUGAAAUAGAAUAGAUAAAUUUAGUAACAAGCUGGUGUUCUGCUGGUUUUUGAUGCAUCUUAACACCUAGAAUGUUUCUCCUUCUGUACUUGAAUCUGAAUGUGAGAUCUCUCAUAUACCCUUGAGGGAAAUAAAUUUAGCAAUAUAAAUGCUCUUUCAGAAUUAAAUCUGAAUUCUUUAUGUAAUUAAAAUCUAAAGAUGGGCUUGGAUAUUCUAAAAUGUUUGAAUGUUAGUAUUUACUGUUUGCCAAUCCUCUUAACGAUUCCAGUUUGAUUCUGGAGUCCUUAACAUAGUAUGUGAUACCCAGCAUAAAUUAAUAUAUGAUGUGUAAUGGCAAUGGCCAGAUAAACAAAAGUUACUAAAAUGUUUGUAAAAAGCUGCCUCUGGAAAACAGGAAAAAAGAAAAUAGUUGAAACAGAUUUCCUCAGGGAACGUGAGAGGGCUGUAAAGGCAGGAUGUGAAUUUGUUUGAAUGGAAGAUGUCUAAGAAAUUUAUUUUUUUUUAUUUUAGGCAAAAUGAAAAGAGCAAUAUGUCACUACUUGAAUUAUUAAAAUUAGAAUGAAGCACUGAUUGGUGAACAUGAUCUUACUUAAUGCUGUAGCUUAGGAAGUUCCAAAUAGAAAAAAAAAUGUUGUAUAAAAUUACAGAAAAUUAACUUAAAUCAUCAUCUAAUUAUAAUGUAAAUCUAUACAUUUGUGUAAAUCUUUUCAGGAUCUAGUGUAAAUAUAAGGGCUUCUUGUCUACAAAGUUGCUUGGUCAAAACAUGCUUUGUCUGUAAUUGAUUUAAUUCUUACCAAAUUACUUCAAGCAAAAAAGCAGUAUGUCAGCAUGACAUCCUGGAGAGUUGUACUGCACUUUGCAAAGGGCUAGUUCUACAUGAAAUUAGAAGAAAACAUGUCACCACAUAUUUUUUGUCAUAUCUGCAAAGGUAUCAGCUUAAGUAAACCCAAGGUUUUGAAUUGAGCUGUCUAGGAUUUUGAAAUUUCAUACGUUUUGCAAAUUCUCAAUUUUGCUUUAUUUUUACACAAAAAAAUCCUAUUUGAUCCAUAAUAAUCUUUUCCUAUCAAUUAUUUUUCUGGUGUCCAGGCACUCUGUUUUGCAACUUCCCAAAUGUAUAUACUGAAGGGAAUAAAAAUCAGCAUCUUCAGUAUUAGGAACUACAAAUGUAAAUAGUAUUUGCAUGGUAUCAGAAUUUUUAGUGUCAGUGUUUAACUGUAGUAAUUAAUUCCUAGAGUGAUGCCAACAAAUCUUUCAGGGAAUGGGAGCACAUAGUCUGUAAAUUAUGAAGUACAACUGCACAGACAUAGAACUGCUGGUAUUACAAUGAUGAAAUGUAGGCUUAGGUUCAUCAGAGCACUUGAGUAUGUGUUUACCUCCACUCGUGGAGUUUGUUGAUGAGAAUCCUUGUGCUCCUAAAGUUUGGCACACAUUUUUGAGCUCCUCUGAAAUCAGGCCUUGGCAAGAGCAGAUACUCCUGUAGCUUUGUCUGAAAUAUGCACUUUGUGGGACAAUCUACCUUUUCCUGGAUUUAUGCAAUUUAUCUUGUGUUUAGAGGACCAGAUUUACAGAAUUUUUUAUUAUGAUUUUUUGCAUUGCAGAAGGGAAGGUGAGAAAGAGACAAGUUCACCUGUACAUUUCAGCAGGUGAAAGCAUUGUUAAGUUUGUAAAAGAUGUGUAUUUGACAUGAAGCUCAAAGAAACUUACUUGAGCACACUGAAAAAAAAAUACAUGAUAAGCAGGUCACAUUAAAUAAAUUUCUCUUGUUCCAUCUGUACUCCUUACACACUCAACACUCCUCCAGGUAACUGGAGGCAUAGGACCUCUGAGUAUGCAAAGAAAUAAAUGAGUUUACCUAGUAAAAACUUUGGGAAUAUAUGUUUUUAAGCCACAAAUUAUGUUACCUAUGUGUAAUUUUUAGUGUUAGAGAAAAUAGACAGUAGCCUUAUUAAUCAGGUGCAAUACUUACAAAGGGCUAAAUUAGGGAAACAAGUGAUGUGUAUUUGUACAUCUCUGCAAACAUGCAUUCUCUGAAAACUGACUUCUAUAGCACUGGGAUCUUAAUAACUCUCUGAAAUUAUAAUGUUGGUAUAAUUUUAUAACUGUUCAUUAUACAUUAUGAAACAGGAUUGGGAAUUCCUAAAAGGUGGAGGGGAAAAUUGUAAAUCACAUAGAAUAGUGGUAUGUUAUUUUACAUGACAAAAGUAAACUAAAACACCUUUACAAAGCCAUAUAAAUUCUGGAUUGUUGAAAGAAAAAAAAAUCUACUUCCCUUGGUUACAGAGAUGGUUUAGUCUGAAAUUUCCCUUGAUUCGUCUCUUUCAUUUUCUCAAAGUUUUUGGGGAUUUUUGUAUUCUGAUGGUGAAAACAUUCCUAAAUUACCAGUAUUUGGCUUGAGUUAUAUUAUUUUGAAAAAAAAGUUUAAAAUUGAGUUUUUCUUGAUACUCUACAGUCUGAAUGAGAUCGUGCAACAUGAUCUGCUCCAGUUUAAGUAGAGAGUUCAUACAAGCAGAUUAUUACAGGAAAAGAUCGCUUUGAGGAUUCAUUGUUCAGUCAUGAAAAAGAUUUGAACAAUCAAACUGAAAGCUCCACUCAUAUAUUUCUUUUCUCCAUCUGCACUGCAGGGUUGAUGGAAUACAGGCUGCCAAGUAUGGUGUAUCUGGCUGUCUCACUACUGUUUGGGAUUUUUUUUUUUGCUGAUAAAUAAUGAAAUACAGAUCAUCUUCCCAUCUCACUGUUUUUGUCUUGUGCUCCAAGUCCAGAAUUAACUGAAAAACAGAAAUAAUCAAGUCUGUUGAACAGAGACUGUUUGGUUCUUUCCCUGUUUCUAACAAAGGGAAAAAGUACAAAUGCAGAGGCAUUAGUCAAAGGGGCUUGAGCCAGGCAGGCAGGACCUGAAAAAAAUUCCUCAGAAUUGGAUCCCAGUAGGAGGACACUAGUCUGAAGCAGUCAAUUACAGAAGUUGUGUGGUUGAUUUUUGGUGGGGUUUUUUUGUUGGUUUUUUUUGUUUGUUUUUGGUUUUUGUUUUUUUUGUAAAUUACAAGUCUGAUAAAAAUUCUUAUUGCACAAUUAAGAGCAGAAUGUAGAUCAUGUAAAGAGCUGAGCCCUCAAAGCAGUACAGGUUUCUCAGGAGAGCUCAGUUAUUCCCAUUAACAAUUUCAUUGACAAGGGCUGCUCACACAGGUAAUGGUUGUAGAACAAAGGCACAUGGGUUUUCCUGUAUACUUUCCACUGGAAUUGAGAGUAUGAAAUUGUGAAUCUCCCUUUCUGAGGGCUUGAGAAUUGUGUAUAUUGAGCUUUGUGAGAGGGAUGGAUACAGUGAAUACCUCUGCACAUAUGCAGGGCUCUUGGAAGAGUUUCUAGUGAUACCAAAGUGGCAGUACUGUGGAUGUGUUACCUAGUGACAGAUUUAAGCUGUUAGGCUGGUGGUAUUCAGGCUGUAAUCCAUCCUGCUGAUACCAGCCCCAGGGAAAAGGGAAUUUCUCAAUAUGGGAUCCAGGAGAGCCAGCUUGAGGGAGGUUGGUUAUCCACAUGCAUUCAUGACAUGUUCAUAGUACAGAACAUUCUUUUAAAGAGAAGGAAUCUCUUUUUCAGCAAUUAAAAUAAAACUGUGGGGUAGCUUUUAUGUUACAGAAGGUCAUUGAAUAGGUCACAGACUUCGAAUCAGGCAUGGUUGUUUCCCUCCUUCCAGAGCCAUGCUGCAGCUCCUGUGGGGGCUCUCCCAGAGCCCUGGAACCUUAACCAAGUUUUUCCCAAAGAUUUGCUGGAGCCCUAAACCAAGCUGGACCCCCAGGUAAAGGAGGCACUUUCCAACUCUUCCCCAGCUCUUAGACUUCCUAACUUAGUGUUUUGUUAGUAGACCUUUAUAAAGGGAACACUGCCCCAUUGCUUGCCUCUGGCAUUUCUAACACAGCACCAUCCACUGCUGUGUUUGCAAGGAGCCAGAUGUUAUCUUGGUCAGCCAUGGAGUUUGGGAAUAUUAUUUUACAUUUAGACUUCUGCAUCCUGCAUCAGACUGCAGUUCCACAGCAGGUUAAGGUGACAUAAGCUUGUGCUGCUGUUGAAAAAGCUCUGCCUACCCUCAGCAGAGACAUUUUUAGAGAGAAGUUUCCUGAGUUGUGCUGGCUUGAACCUGUAAGUGUGGGUCUGUGUAAAAUGCUAGAUGGCUUAUGGCCUGCUGGGUCUGUGCCCCUGCUCUUUCAUGGAACAGGCAUGGUAAUACAGCCUUUAUCCCACUCUGUCUUGUCUGGAGUCUCAUUAAGGACCUGAACUUGCACAUACCCCUACAUGUAGCAUUAAACUCAGGAGAGCUCCACCUAUGGCUGGUAGCAUUGAUUUUGAUAUGAAAUUAAAUAUAUGGGGGAAAAGAGAGGAAUUGGAUCAAUAAUUGUACGUGCAGUGAGUCUUAAGACUGCAUCUUAACUGUGCCAUGAUUGCUAAGCAGAUAUUGGAGGAGUAAGGGAUGUGAAAAAUAACCUUACUGGACCUUAUUCCUCCCUGGAACCAGUCUGGAAUUAGUAAUGGUAAUCUCAGGCCCUGCAAGGUUCAUAAAGGGUCUGGGAAGUCAUGACCUGUGUAGAUCACUGGGCUACAGAGAACCAGGCUGGCUAUCCUUCUUACCCAGAUGUGGGAACAACUAGGAAAGAUCCUCAGCUGCUUUGCAAGUGCAGUUUUUCAGCCUCUUUUUAUUACAGCUUCCAUUUAAUAGUGAUGGGAAUGCUGGGCAAGAGGUAAAUGGUCAUCAGGUAACUGAAGAAAGAGGACCAUCAGCAUCAAUUGCACUGUUUUUUUUUAACUCUUAAAAAGAAAGCAUGUUUUCUUGUCACUUGCUAUUUAUAUUGUGUAAUGUAAGAAAAGUAUUUCCAUCAUAGAAGGGGGUGAAUUUAGCACAGGGUAAGCAGCUGUAGGAAAGUAAAAACCCAAUUGCCUAGUUUUUAUGAGUAGGGGAUUUCUAAAACAUUCUACUUGCAGAAGACUGCAGUAUUUGUAUGCACACAACCUUUUUUUGUGCUUCAGUUACAAAAGAGAAAUACCUUACUUCAUACUCUCUGAAACAAAAUUUGAUAGGAAACAAAGGAAGAACAAUGUAUGCAGUAAGUUUGAGUUCUUCAUUAAAAACAUUAUUUUCUGAAUUAUUAUUUUUAGAACCAGAGCAUUUCCUCUUUCACUUCAGUGUAAAAUUACUGAGCUUUAAUUUGCUCUGCAUUGCACUUUAUAUAUUUUUUUCACUUUUUGGGCCAUAUAUUUUUGAUACACAAAACAGUAAAGAUUUUAUUAAUCUACUUUUAACUUGAAAUUAACCACAAAACGAAGACACUUUUAUAAAAAUGCAAGUUCCAUAAAAUACAGUAAAUAAUCUGUUUGAGACUUUUUAAAUGAUACAUUGAGAAAUAUUAUAGCUUCUGAAAUUAUUUAUCAUUUGGUAAAUUCAAUACAUUAAUGGAUAUAAUGGUUAAAAGUGGAAUGUGAAUGAGGAGGAGACAAAGUUCUAGACAGUAGAUUUCCUUAUAUGCAAAACCUGCAUUAGUUUAAUUGAUUAGGGCUUAAAAAAUAGUUUAGUUUAAAGAAGUGUGAAACUGUUUAAUAGGCUAGUUUAAAAUGGCAAGAGCUCAGAGAAAUUUGGAAAUGAGUUUAACUGAAGCCCCCAGGAGCUGUUUCUCCCCGUGCUGACGCAGCGCUGUGCAGUGCGAAGCCCCCGGGCUCUGCAGGGGAUGGACUCAUGCCAGUACAAGGCACCAGCAGAAGCCAUGGGAGAGCAGGGAUUUUCCUGCUUUAAACAGCAGCUCUCCCAACCUGCAGGCCCACUGCCAGGCUGGCAAUAGUAUUUCCAUUUGGUUUCUCCUGAUGUCAUCCCCACUAAUUUUGGGAACUAGUGUCCUAGAGACAAUCCUUUUGUUCUUAAGUGAAUUAAUGAACUCAUCUUCCCUCUGGUUUUGGUGUUAAACUUACAGCACUCACACUAUUGCAUGUAGCUUAUCUUAAUUUGUAGAUGCCAGUUAAACAAAGAACAGCUACUCUGCCCCAGUACAGAAUCCUUUUAAAUCUUAUGGAGCAUGCUGAAAAAUAAAGACAUUUUUGAUUUUUACUUUGUCCAAACUCUUUAUUCUAAAUCGCACAUAGAAAAGUGGGGAAAACAAGGCACAUGGCAGUGCAGAAGGGAGAGGGAGACAGUGAUGCUCAUUUCCUUCCCAGGGUGAAUCAUUCCUGGACUCCCUUCUCCCGGGCUGAGCGUGUCUGUGCAUAGACCAUGCACAGCUCGGAAGUCAUGUAAAAUCCAUCCUUGCACAAGCUCUUCGUUGGCAACCUCCCAGAGACCCCAGUUCCUUUUCAGAGGCUUCCAGACAUUCUGCUCAUUUCUACAUCCAUAGGUAAAAGGAAAAGCUACUUGCUGCUCCAAUAGCCUGGGGAUAGUUUCACCUUGGACUGCAAAUGUAUCACCUUGCCAUUUUUAAUCAAGCUGCAGUUCUUCCUGCAAAAGAUGGGUGUGAUCCAGGUGUUUGUGGAGUGAGGCAAGCACGCUGCCAGUGGUGUGCACUGGUGUGCUUGUGGUACAUGUGCUGAAGAGAAGCAUGGGCUGAUGUCACCUGUCCUUCCCACCACAGAGAUGAGGGCUGCACAGCAUGGCUCAGCUCUUGGAAUUAUGGGGUAAAUUAAGCUUAAAACCUUUAUAAUAAGCACAGGGUGUUUGAAAACUCGAUCAGUGUUCAGCUGAGGAGCAAGAGCAGUGACGCCCUGUCCAAGGUCGUGUUCUGUCAGCACCAAUAAUAGCUCUGUGGUUGCUGUAUUCCCAUAUAUGCUUGAAGGAAGGCUUAGAAGAGAAGACCUGCAGAUGCUUUUCCUUCACAGUCUGGUUUGAUUCUGCCCUCUGGGGGCAGCCUAUGGGCUGGCACAGCACAUUUAGAUAAGGGGCUUCCAGACAGUGACUUAAGACGUAGCAAAAAACUUUCUCAUAAGAAGCAGGUGCUUUUCUCAUUCUUAAAACAUUAAAAACACACAUCAAAGUGCCACCAUACAGACCUCUGUCAAAUUCUCACAGUCCCUUGUAGUACCAGCAGCUGGGGAGAACUCAAGAGUUCAGAGGACUUUGGCCAUAACUCAUCAAAAAGCCUCUGCAGGCCAUUGCCACUGAAAAUGAUUUAGUGCUGGAUCAAAGCCACCCAGACUUCCAAAAUUCCUCUGAGAAUUUUGCUGUUAUUUAAUAUGAAAAGAAGUGUUAAAAUCUUUGUGUCAGCAUAGGAGUUAAUUUCUGCCUGCUGAACCAAGAGUACUUCCAAUGGACUUAGGUAUCUCGGGAAUCAUUCUCAGUACAAGUCAGGACACUCCAAACGCUUCAGUUGUUUUUCUUUAGCAAAAUCAGCAAUAUGCAUAUUAAUGCCUAAAAACUGAUGAAAAUAAUUAAAGUACUGAGAAGUAUCUGCUUGCACCUGAAACUUUAAAGAAUGACUACUAAAUUCAUGCUUUGCUAAGCACGAGCUCUUGGGUUUUACCAAUGCACUAAAACAGCUUUGUACAUAGUAAUUUUAUAAAAAUUUGAGGUUUGUUUUUUUCUCUAGUUACUCUAGUAGUUCAGGUAAUGAAUAAUUUGUUUCUGGUCAAUGCAUUUUAGAAUGAGCAAAUCUCAUCCUCUUGCACUUCUAAUAUUCAUUGUUUGUAUGGAAAAAAAAACCUUUACUACUUUUCCAUUUUCCAGGGAAUGAUCAGUUCACUAAGCAACAGGCAAUGUUUCUUGACUUUAGAUUGCAAAAUAUGCUUAGAUAAUUUUACUGUCCUCCAUGUGAAUCUGGUUAUCUGAUUCUUAAUUUUUCUUAGCUUCAAAAAUGCUUUUGUGCAAUUUCCAUAGAUACAGUUGAAUAAAAAUUGCAAGGAAGAAUCUAAGUGAAAUGCUAAACAAAAAUCAAGUACAUGAAACAAACAUGAAGAUAGAGAAAGUAGCAUGAGAAAAGUCAAUCCAUUGCUGAAUUAAGUAUUUAUAGAAUACAUUGAUUAGCAGAGAGUACUGAUCUUUGCUACAUUUAGAAGCAGACCACUGUGUUUUAGUGUCACAAGUGACAAAGCAAUUUUUCUUUAGAAAAAGUGCAAAUAGAAAAAAACAUUAAAGUAGAUAAUUUAGACCAAGAUUUUCUCAAUUUAAACCCAUCCUGCCUGUUACAUUACUGUUGUGUGUUCAGGAAUGCUCAGGACAACAGACAUUCCUCAUGGGAAGCAGCUAGGUUCCAAAGUGUCAACUAAGUAAAAGGCAAGUGAGCGAACUCAUAGGAUUUUCUCAGUACUAGCUCAGCUAUUGCAAAAAAAGAAGACCAAAAAAAAAAAAAACCAAAACAGCAAAAAAAGCACUACUCACUCCUGAACUAGAAUUUCAGCAGUUUAAAAGAACCAUGUUUUGAUCUAAUUCACACACUAUAGCUAAACCCAGGUUUCUGUUGGUUUGCUUGUUUGUCUUGUGGGGCUUUUACUUCUUAACCCUCAAAGCAGGGUCCAUCAUUACCAAGAUGACCACGGUAGAAUAGGAAUCUCUUGUAAUCCUAAAAUACAUGAUUAGAGAAACAACAGACUUCAAAUGAAAAACUACUUAACAUUAUCUCCAAAAAGCAAAAAGAGAAGUUAAUUCUUUACUUGGGAAAUGCCAUUCAGCUACUGUUAACUCCCAAGUUGUGUGUUUGACUGACAUCCUGUAGCUUUGUCAGCUCACAUUUUUGUUGAAAGCAGAUGGUGAUUAAACUACAUAGCAAAGGACCUUCCUUUGCUUUUUGUAAAUGAAUGUAUACAUACAAACUAUGCAUUUUCACACAGCUGCAUACUGUAUCUUGAAUCACUUCAACCUUUCCCCUAGCUUAGAAACCCCCAGACUUCUGGAGCUGAAGGUGCUCCCAUGUCCUUUGGCAGAUACUUGUCUCCUGUCUUGUUCUGCUUUCCAAAAACCUUAGAUACAGGGUGGAGGAAUGCUGAGCUGCACAGCCCAAGGAGCAGAGUGCCUGGGGACCCAUGGCCCAGUCAAGGACCUGGCAUGCUCUGGGGGACCAGUUUGGGCUCCCAGGCCCAGCGUGGCCAAACAGAAGUGUGUAUUUGUGCUCCCUCUGCCAGAGCUGCUCCAGCCCCAGCAUCUAGUGCACUCUGGCUCAGCAUCCUGGACCCCGGGGUCAUCCUGGAGCAGGGCCAGCAGCUGCUCUCACUGGGCUCAGGAGGAGUUUGCAGCCGAAAUGAGCCCAGCUGUGCCAAGGAGAGGCCACUGCCCCCGGGCUGCAGACACCAUCCUCCCCUCCCAGCCAUCCCAGCAGCCCAGUUCCUCCUGAGCAGCCCUUCCCCGCAGUGCCCUGCAGCACGGGGGAGGCAGGGAUGCUCCUCAGGGACAGGUCUCACUGCUGAGACCUGCUGCCCCAGGGAGUGCAGUGCUCCAGGUGCCCUUCAUCCUAAUCACUGAGGGACUGCAGGGCUGGGAUGUGCAAGGGACAAAGGAUCCAAGCUUGGGUUUAGUUUCCUUCUGUUGGAACGGAGCUGGAAAGAUGGAGAAUCGGUGUAAUUAAUCAAAGGAAAAAGAUACUGCAUGCAACAUUUCUUACUUAAAUUUUGGGUUGUCUCUGUAAUACACAUCAGCCCAGUCUACUUAAUGAAGUGUAUUUCUUAGGCUUUAUCCUACAGGAAGAAAGACCAAAAAAGUAGAAGUAAUAAGAAUAUCUUGCUUUAUACUAAAGCAAGCAUGGACUCAACAACAAAGAAAGAUUUUGUUUAUAUGCAAACUGUUUAAAUAUUUGAUACCAUUAUGAAGGCAGUCAUAUUCUUAUGUAUCCAGAGAUUUGCACUCAUCUAGGUUAUGUUAAUUAAAAAAUAUUUUUGUGGUAUGUAUUUGUGUCUGAGGGGCCAAGUGUUUAAUUUUAUAUUCUUUACAAGAAUUAGUGUGGCGAUUACGUUUUUCCAUUUACUGAGCUACCUGCCCAUGCUAGUUGUUCAUUUGCAUAAAGAAUAUUUCCACUACUUCAGAGGUUUUUGGGUGGUUGUUUUCAAAGGGAACCUGCCCCUGAGGGUUCCACAAGAUUGUCCAGUAUGAGUGGGAGGCUCUCUGGAGCAGCAGGUCACCCUUACCAGUCACUGCAACAGACACACAUGGAUUCAUUUCCCUGCAACUGCCCGGUGGGCCUGGGGUAGCUCCAGCUGCAGUCCCUCAAAUCAAAGCUCUGACUGACUCUGUCAGUCCUUUGCUGUCACUUACUAUCACAAAGUUAACUUUUUACAACGAGGAAGAGCUUCCAACUCUGGCACUGAUGGAAAUACUGAAUACUUUUAAUAUAUAUAUAUAUAUAUUUGGAAAGUAUUUGAACAGUGUUUUGUCUUUUUUUAUACAACUUUUAGCCAAAUAGAAAAAUUCUGAUUAUUACUUCUAUGGAUACCUGUCCACCUGUAAAUAAACUUAUACAUUCAGGUACCUGAACCUGAAGAAAAAAAUAAGGACUGUUCAGGGGCUAUGCGCUUUGCUUGCUCCUGGUUCCUUUGUACAUAAGAGGUAACUGUUUAAAUGUUGGGUGGGAUUUUUUAAUUUACUUGUUGUUCCUCUAAAGAAAGAAGAAGAAAAAAAAACUUUUGACUUUGUUUUCUCUUUUCUGAGUUAAUACAAAGAUUUUCUAACUUUUUACUGCAGAAAUGGAUAAAUACCUGGUGCUAAGUGAAUGUGAGUCAAACUGGCCAUAGCAGACACACCAGUCAGAAUGCACUUUUCCUGUGGCACACAAUGUAUUUUCUCAGAAGGGACCUUCAAAGGACUGUCAGAUGUUUACAUUUCUUCUUGUUGCCCCAAAUAGUUUUGAAUAUUCAAAUAACUUCCAAAAAUAAAGUCAUGGUCCAUUACUGAUGCGACAAAUCCUUACAUUUAAGUAUCUACAACAGCUUUGUACAAAUACCAUUUUAGAGAUAGUUGAAAUAUUGGGCUUUCAUACUUUGUAAUGCUUUGAUGUGACAAUAAAUAUGCUGUUGCUAUCUAGUCUAACCUCACUGUAGACCUGUAACUCCCUGUUUCUGGUUAUGUCAUGAAUUGCACUGGCUUGAAUUCAGCCAAAUACUGACUGUUCAGCUGAAAUACUCCGACUGUUAUGAUGUCCACAAAACAUUAAUUAAAUGCACUUGUAUCUGACUACCAUGGAGUAUGUCAAAUUAUUCAUGUAAUAAAUGCCUUGUGUAUAACUUUUGUUAGUUGUUUAUGUGAACUUCAGCUCUUCCACAGUUGAUGCCUGUGCAUCAACCAAGGACCAGCUGGAGUCAAUGGGUCUUUGCAUCGACUUUGUUACCAACAGGGCUGAUUUCCUUUUCUUUCAUCAGAGGGCUGGUGCUUACACACUGUGAUCUAAGACACACAGGACAACGAUGUUGAAUUCUAAGUUUUGCCCCUGUGAAUGUGAAGUUCAGCCUUCAGCUGGUGACUGUGGUUUCCCACUUCCAGCUCACACUGCUCCUCCUAAUGCAUUCUGCAAGCAGCACUUCCCCUGGCAGCCAGGGAGCAGCCUCCCUGUGCACAGCAAGGAGCAAUCCUGAUAGCAAAGGGUUGUCUGGCCUGGAUGUGCCUUUGCCACAGUAAAGCUGACUGCUUGAAACGUGCAAGCUGGAGAGGCAUCCCUGAAAAAAGGAAUAGUUUCUUGGGCGGGG